UUGGUGUCUAAUAGGUUUCUUGAUAAAGCAUUGCUUGCACCUGAUGGUUCAGGGGAAAAUUUUAGUACCACUGAGAUUGAAGAGGCAAAGGCAGUUCUUAGGCUUGUUCCAAUAUGGACUACAUGUUUGGGAUAUGCUAUAGUGUUUCCACAAGUUCCAACUUUAUUCACUAAGCAAGGAGUUACGAUGGAUCGCUCCAUCACGCCUAGCUUACAAAUACCAGCUGCUUCACUUCAAUCUUCUAUGAGCAUUGCCGUUGUUCUCUUUAUUCCUAUCUAUGACCAGAUUUUGGUUCCUAUUGCAAGAGCUAUAACCAGGAAACCCUCAGGCAUAACAAUGCUUCAACGAAUCGGAACUGGAGGAUUUUUAUCUUUUCUUUCCAUGGUAAUUGCAGGUUUUGUCGAGAGGGAACGUCUGAAAACUGCUGUCGAAUAUGGGCUGGUGGACAUGCCUAAGGAAAUAGUGCCGAUGAGUGUGGGGUGGCUGCUACCUCAAUACUUAAUUUUAGGAAUUGCAGAUGUGUUUACCAUAGUUGGUCUCCAAGAAUUCUUCUACGACCAGGUUCCAAAUGAGCUGAAAAGCAUCGGUCUUGCUUUAUUCCUUAGCAUAUUUGGCAUAGGGAGCUUCUUGAGCAGUUUUCUCAUCUCUAUGGUGGAGAAAGCCACCAGUGGCCCUGGGCGAGACAGUUGGUUUUCGGACAACCUUAAUCGGGCUCAUCUUGACUACUUUUAUUGGUUGCUGGCCGCACUUAGUGCUGCUUCAUUCGCUGCGUACUUGUACUGUGCAAAAUCUUAUAUCUAUAAUAGAAGAUACAGACUUUGAAUGGAGAUAGCACCAGUUGCCCAGGUUGAGACGAUUUUCAAAUCGACUACUAAGUCUUGGUGCCGCCGCUUUCGCUAUCUGCUUGUUCUCUGCAAAUUCUUAUAUAUGACAAACGAAAGUCUUUAAAGUUACAUAGAAACACUGCCAGGACAAAUAUGGCUAGUAGAAGAAAUAUUGUGCCAUACAUUUUACUUGUAUGUAAAAAUUGUUCAUUUGUGGUCGGUCUCACCUACAUGCAAAUGCAUGACCAGAGAUUUUAUUCA